AUGCCAAAAAAUAAAAAAAUAAAAACAGAUAAAAAUAAUAAAAUAUUUCAAGAUGUUAUUGAAUUUGAAAUUUUAAGAUCAAUAAUCAAUUAUUUAUUAAUCAGCAAAAAAAAAAAAAAAAAUAAUAAUUAUAAUACUAGUAGUCAAUAUAAAAUUAAUAAAUUUUAUUUAAAUAGAAAUGAAAUAUUAAAUUAUAUAUUAGUUUCAAAAAAGUGGUAUAAUUUUAUAUCAUUAACAAUAUCAAAUAAUAUUAUUAAUAAUAAAUUAUUUGAAUAUUGGUUAAAAAUUAAUUAUUACAAUAAAUCAUUUAUUGAAAAUUAUAAUAAUCAAAAUAAAUAUGAUAAAUAUAAUUUAUUUUUCAAUAACAUAGAAGAUUGCAAAAAUAAAAUUAGUUUUAAUAAAGAGUUUUCAAUUAUAAAAAUCAAAGAAUCAAUAAUCAAUGAUUAUUUUAAAUUCAAUUUAUUUUCAAAUCAUAUUACAAUUGAUGAUUUUAAAGAAAUUAAAAACAAAUUUGAAAAUAAUCAAUUACUUUAUAAUAGAAUUGUAGUUAAUCUUGAAACUGAUUAUGGUAGCGAUGAUGAUGAUAUUUUAUUUACAAUACAUGAAUAUAUAUCAAAUGAAAAUUGGGAAAUCAUAUCAAAUUUAUUUAAAAUAAUAGAAUUAAAUUUUCAUUUUUGGUUAGGUGAAGGUUAUCAACCAAAAUCUGAGGAGGAGGAGGAGGAGGAAGAGGAGGAGGAGGAGGAAGAUCAUCAUGAUACUGAUGAAUGUUGUAGUCCAAAAUCUGAGGAAGACGAUCAUGAUGAACAUUGUAGUCCAAAAUCCAAAGAGGAUGAUGAUCAUGACGAAGGUUGUCACCCAAAAUCUGAAGAGGAGGAGGAGGAGGAGGAGGAUGAUCUUGAUGAUGAAGGUAAUAAGAAAUGUACUGAAUUAUAUUUAAAUAGUUUAACAGUUGUUGGGUAUGAUCAAGAUGUAGUUGAAGAUGAAGAAACAGUAAAGAUAUUCAAAAUUUUCAAAGGUAAAAAUUUAUUUUAUGAUGGAUCUGGUGAUUCAAUUGAUACGUAUACACAUGUCAAUUAUUCAGCAUUAUUUGAUCCAGAUAAUUCAGGUCAACAAGUUGAAUCAAUUAAUGUACAAAUUGAAACUAUUAAUGAAGAAUUCGUUGAAGCACGUCAUUUAAUCAAAGUUAAUCAAUUUGAAAAUUUACAUUCAAUUACAAUACCAAUUAGCUCUUUUCAAAUAUUAUCAAGUUUAGCGAAAGAAAUGGGAUUUACUAGUUUCUAUUAUAAUAGUAAAUCAGAAUUUGGUAAUUCAAAAAAUAUGAAAUCAGAAUUAAAUCAAAUGAUCAAUUCAUUCGUUACAUGUAAAUCUUUAAAGAAUUUAAAAAUAACAUCGGUAAAUUUAACAGAUUAUCAUAUCAACUAUGAAGGUUAUUAUGAUGGAAAUGGAGAUCUUGAAAUUUUUGCUAAUAAAAUAAAUGAAACUAUAGAAUCAUAUUCAAAUUCAUUCCAACCAUUAUUUUCAGAAUUAAAUACAUCAAUUGAAAGAAUUGAAUUAGAUUGUAUGCGUUUAUUAAAUAUCAAUACAUUUUCAAAUUUAUUAAAUAAUAAAUCAAUUAAAUAUUUAUAUUUGUAUGGUGAUAGUGAUUUCAUUGUUUACUCUUCAAAAUCAAGUGGUUAUGGUGGUGGUAGUGAAUUACAUGAAGAAUCUAUUUCAAUUAAUCAAUUUUUAUUUGAAAAUAUAUUUACAUCACCAUUAACAUCAAUUAGACAUUAUAAAAUUUGUUUCAAAUUAUCAAAUCAAUUAAGAUUAAUAUUUAAUUUAAUUUUAAAUAAUAUUUUCAAAUUACAAUUAUAUUCAUUAAUAUUUGAAUUCGAUGAAAACAAAUUAGUUGGCGAAUUUGUUAAAGAAUUUAAAAAUUUAAUAAAUAGUAUUCCAACUCAAAUACAACAAAAAUCAAAUAACAUAAAUUUAAAAGAAAUUAAAAUUAAAAUUGAAGAUGAUGAAUAUAUUCCUGAAUUAAAUAAUAUUAAUAAUCCGUAUUUCACAACAAUAAUAAAGAAAAUAGAAAAAAAAUAUGAUUAA